UAAUGUAUAUUUUAUGGCCUGAUGCAACUCCAGAAAGAGAACACAAGGGACAUUACAACCCACCCGCAAGCUUGUCUAAUCAUACAACUAACAUGAUCAAGAGUAGUGAUGAAAUCCAGAGACUCAGCGAUGCCUUGGCCAUAAGUGGAAGGGCAAUGUCGGUUAUCAAGGUGAACGAUUGUGACAUCACCUUACCAAUAAUUCAUUAUGAUACCUGGACGUGGGUCCGGGUGUUGGGUAUGGGUACAUACCCGCGUGUCUGUUUCUUCAAAUUGAAAGCUGUCAUAGAGGGAGGCAAAGUAAAGUGAAGAGUUCCACCCGUGUCAUGCAUACCCAACACCGAUACGGCAGGGUAAGCCCCUUGGAUAAUGAAUGAUAUCCCACCGUGCCACCACUGAUGCAUCUCCAUGGUCACGGGUUUGAUUACCCCACUUCAAUAAUUGUUCAAUUUUUUCAAAAUUUUGUGACUGAAAACCACUCCAUAAAGGUGAUAAAUUUGUCUACAUAAACUGAAGGAGGAGUAAGAAGAAACCUCAAGCACUAAGAGAUGGUUUACACUCGUAGUUGGCUUGUUUUAUCAAGCAUUCUCUUAUCAGCAGUUUUGAUUAUGCUGCUGUGCCAAAAACGAUCCAGGCGUGGUACUAAACAAACACCACCAGGGCCGCCAGGAUGGCCCGUCUUUGGGAAUAUUUUUGAUCUCGGAGCCAUACCUCACAAGGCAUUGUACAAGCUCCGAUUCAAGUAUGGACCCGUCGUUUGGUUAAAACUCGGGUCAAUGAACACCAUGGUCAUACAAUCAGCCAAAGCAGCUGCAGAGCUAUUCAAAAAUCAUGACCAAACAUUUUGUGAUCGCAAGUGUCUUGCUGGAUUUACAGCUCAUAACUACAAUCGAGGAUCACUAGCACUCGGCCAGCACGGGCCUUAUUGGAGCAUGCUUCGCCGUAUAUGCAAAAUGGACUUACUUGCUAACAAAAGAAUCAACGAGACAGCUCACCUCAGACGAAAGUGCAUCGAUGACAUGAUGCAAAACAUUGUGGAGGAUGCAACAAUGGCACAAGCACAAGGAGAAUCAGGGGAGGUGGAUUUGGCUCACUUCUUGUUUCUCACGUCAUUCAACCUUAUUGGCAACCUUGUGUUGUCACGUGAUCUCGUGAAUUCAAGGUCGAAAGAAGGGCAUGCGUUCUUCAAUGCCAUGAACGAGGUCAUGGAAACGUUGGGGAAGCCAAACUUGGCAGAUUUCCUACCGUUCCUGAAAUGGCUGGAUCCACAGAAGAUCAUGAAGAAUGCGGAACAACAUUUCGGACGGGUUAUAAAAAUAGUAGAAGCAUUUGUUGAGGAAAGAAUUGAGGAAUAUAAAUCAGGCAGAGAAAAGAAGAAGCAGGAUUUCUUGGAUAUAUUGCUAGAGAAUGAAGGAGAUGGAAAAGAUGGGAUAGACAAGAUCUCCCAUCACAAUCUCAUCAUACUUGUACUGGAAAUGUUCUUAGCCGGGACAGAAACUACGAGCAGCACCAUUGAAUGGGGUAUGGCAGAACUAUUCCGUAACCCCCGGUUAAUGGCGAACGUCAAGGAAGAGUUGGAUCUAGUCGUUGGACCGAAUAGAAGGGUUGAGGAGAACGACAUUGACCAAUUACCAUAUUUGCAGGCAGUGGUGAAAGAAACACUAAGGUUGUAUCCUGUAAUUCCUUUACUCCUUCCAAGAAACUCAUUGAGAGAUACAAACUAUAUGGGGUAUCAAAUACCUAAAGAUACACAAGUAUUUGUCAAUGCAUGGGCAAUUGGGAGAGACCCGGAUUCUUGGGAAGAUCCACAGUGUUUCAAGCCCGAGAGAUUUUUAGGCUCCAACAUUGAUUACAAGGGGCAACAUUUUGAGUUGAUUCCAUUUGGUUCUGGGAGACGAAUUUGUGUUGGCAUGUCAUUGGCUCAACAAGUGGUUCCUCUUGUUCUGGGAACCUUGGUUCAUGAUUUUGACUGGGAGCUCAGUAGCAAUUCCAGUCCUGAAACAAUAGACAUGACAGAGAGGGGAGGGAUAACGUCCAGAAAGCUCAUUCCUUUGAAAGCAAUACCCAGAAAACGAUUCAUGUGAGUACGACAGUCGUCAAGAAAUAUGUCAGCCGAACAUAUAUGAUCACCAUUAGAGGUAAAUUUAGAUUUUGUGUUUCAAUAUUUUAUGAAUUAAUAAAAGAUUGUCUUGCCAUUUCUUGGGAUUGGAUCCUUACUUAUAAACCACAUUGAUGGUUUACUCCUAGCCGAUGUGAAGUACAAGUAUGAUACUCCCCAUACUUGUAGGCUCAGUUAUAAGAGGUCCAACAAAGGGAUACGGGUAUAGAUCCUUUAGGAUCGAGUUUUCGCUCCGAUACCAUGUUAGACAUCAGAUACUCGUGAAAGAAUCGCAUAAAUCCAACUCAAACAAUGUGAGGAGAUAUUGUCUUCCCGCACAAUUUUGUCCUUAAAAGAGUCCUCUUGGUUGAUUGAGAAGAAUGGCUUAUAAACUACGUCGGUGGCUUACACCUAACAAUCUAACCGAUAUGGGACACAAGUGACAAGUCAUAGCAUGUAUCCUGACGCAAGGGAAUUGAGAACACAUCGAUAACGAUGUGGUGAGUCUAGUCAUUGUUUCGACUUUCAAACAUCACACAUACUAUGUUCAAACGCAACAAAUUUCUCAGCUGAUGUAGUUCACAGAGGAAUUAAAACAAACACUACAAAUGCAAAACUUAAAAGGCAACAUUCAAAACAACAAAUACUCCACAAACGCUGGCUUCAUUAAACAAACAGAGCAAUAUAAGAGUUACUUCCAGUACAAAAGCAGAUUAACAACGGCAACGUCAAAAAUCCUAAUAAGUAACAACCAUCACAAUGCCACCGAAAAUUAACAUAGAAA